UCGCUAAAAGUGAUCGAGAUCGAUUGGCGUCCCUCGCGAAAAAAAUAUAGUUCGGUCGACAAAGAGGGCCCUUUCGCCUGUCGAGCUCUCCUCUUCGUUUGACCUAGACAGAACGCGCCGCCGCCGCACCGUUUUGAUCUCGCCAUCGCCGUCGUAGUACCCUCUGCUUCCACCCUUUCUCCUCCAAAUCGCUCGGUACUUCGAAUCCACAUCGCCUCCAGAAAUCCUAACCCCGGUCCCAAUGGCGAAGAUGACGAGGUACGAUGACGACAAAGACAACGAGGCGGCCUGCUCCUCCUCCUUCGAGGAGCAAAUGACCUGUCCGACGCCGGCGGAUCCGUCUGGCGAGGAUGGGAAAAGGGCGAGGUGGAUGGGGAGGUGGACGAGGAGGAGAUUGAGGCCAUCACAACCGGUGCGGGCGCUGACGAACAGGCUGACGGCUGUGCUGCCGCUGCAGGCGGGGAAGGAGAUGAGAAGGAGCCGGAGUCCACCAACGACGACGAGGCAGAUUAUGCAACCAUCAUAUUUGCACGCCAUCUGGGAUAACAAAAGCAUGCCAGACAGACUGAGGGAUGUAUAUGAGAUUCAAGAUGGUAGUGAUUUCUUACAUGGUGUUGUAAUACGCACACAGUGCUAGCACGUAUUGUAUCUCUUUUUAUGCAAUCUGUUUUUACCACGAAACUAAAAUGAGUUGGUACGAAGAAACGCAAUAUUGCUUAAGCGGAGUUUGCUUUACAUCUGAGCAGAACAUUUUCAUCCGAGAUGAGUUGUAAACACCUUCCUCUAAAUAAUAUUAUCACUAUUGUUAUUUACCUUUCUUGAAGUUUGAGGACAUGCUGUUUAUGUCUUGUCAAGUGAUAUGAGAUCCUUCGUUAUGUGCAGUUUCCAUGGAUUCUUUUUUGCGGGGAAUGUUUAUCUUAAACAUUGGCUACAUCAUAUCUGUAUUGCUAAACUGCGUACUUAUUGUUUAGUUCAUCAUGACAUAGUUAAGAUAUGUAACAACAAAAACAUCAUGCACUCUUCACUAUCAUCCUCUGAAAGUUUAUGCUGAACUUCCUAGUAAUAAAGGUCAGAGUGGAACAUAUCAAGAAGUCUGACAACAUUUUUAAAUUUCCUAAAACUGUUUCUUUUUGUUAUUGCUGCUCAAGUCCAAUGCUUACACUGCCUAACCUAACUUAUUCCUAUGCAAAGCCUUUUUUAAAUCAUUAUAUAAAUCAGAUACAAAUAUGAUCCCAUGUAUGAGUAGAGCUGGAUCACCAUCCGUUUGGUAAUUACAUAAUUGUCUCCUACUAUAUGAACGCGUUAUGUAGAGCACUAAAUUCUUUGAAGCACUAAAAGUUGAAUUUGCAUGCUGGCAUAUAUUAUGUAAAUUUCUAUCACUUUGUCGUAAAAAUUGAUAGGCGCAGCAACACGCGCCAUCGAUGAUCUAGUCUAUAUCUAUAUCUAUUUGCUUUGUUUCUACAAUACACAUCUUAACAGUGUUGUUUCUAUGAUUCUAGUAAAACAAAAACAAAGGAAAUAGUACUUUGAAUGAAUUCAUAGGAAAUAUACUACCGAUGUAUGCAUGCAGAAAUGAAGUAAUAGAAAUUUAGUACUAAUUGGUAGCAUGGUACAACACGUGUGGCCUAGUGACGCCAAGAAAUUUUCAUAGGAAUAGAAUGAAGAUGUACAUGGUGGAACCCACAAAUUGUGUUACUUUUGCUUCUCCUCCCUGGCCAGUCUCUCGUACACGCCCUGGAAGAGGAGACACGAGGUAUGGCGUGAUGGUUCCAGAACCUAGCAGAUGCUGCUGUGGGCUACUGUUCACCGCGAAUCCCUUGAGUCUCAGUCGCUACAUCUAUGGGGCCAAUGGCCAGGAUUGAUGUUGUGGCUGCAAUUCAAAACUCAAACACUAUAUAGUGGUAUAGAUAUAGAUAUCUCUAUCUCUACUGCUAUAGUACUGCAAUUUUUGAACUUGGGCUAGGCAUCCAGAACAUUGUAGAAGCAAACUGUUAGCCGUUGAUUUGUUACACAGGGUGAAUCUCCAUUCUUCAUCAAUACAAAGCUCAAAUGAUCCAACGGCUGAUGUUUCUUGAUUCGCCAUGUACGGACGCGCGCCAAAACGCUCCCAGCUGGAUCCUUCUACACUCAUCACGGUGCGGCACGCCUGCACCCAGCGGCCUGGUGCUGUUGAGAGAAAAAUUCCUUUCAAGUCACUAUCAAUGAGCAGUUUGUACAUGUCAAAACACUCAAAACCAAACGUAUAUACGUGGUUACAAGACGAUAAAAGACCUGAUAAACAAUUUUAAACUCCAGCAAUUAACACCACGUGCAUAGCACGUACCUUAUACUAGUAGAUAGUGGUACAGAUAUAGAUAUAGGUAUAAACUAGGAUCAUAGAAACAACGUUGUUAAGAUUUGCAUUGCACGUACAUACAUUCUAGUACCACAUUAGUUAGCACAACAUUGAUACAGAAUCCUGUGCAAACGCGUGCACUGUGGCCGCGCGGU